AUGAAACGGAAGGGCCAAGAUAUUGGCCAAACCCUUGAUCAAAAUAAUGAUGAUCAACGUUUGCAAGAACCAAAACAUUUAGCAACUGCAAACACAACAACAACAACAACAACAACAACCGCGCUUUCACCUGCAUCACAACAACAAUUCUCAGAAAGUUUGCAAUAUAAGCUGUCAUCAUCAUCGUUACAUCAAAUCUUUGACGAUGCCAAUUCAAUAAAUGCACCUAAAACGGCAUCUACAAGUAUUUCCGCAAAUACAAUUAGCAUGGACUUAGUUUCCCCAUCAAAAUCACUAAAAGGCUUUUUUCUGAAAAACCGUUCAUCUUUAUACUCAAUCGAUAGUAUUAGUGAGCAGCCCGAGCUAGAUGUUCAUGACAAAAUCAGUUCACUGUCAACUAGUCAAUCUCCUAGAUUAUUGAAUUUCAGCUUGAAACCAAAAUUUAUACGUUCGAGAUCGUCAGGUUUGUCGGAGUCAAGUACUAAUGUUUCAUCAGCAGCACCACCAAAACACCUGGCAUUACAACCUCAAAAAAAGAAAGCCCAAUUGGAAGAUUUUGUAGAUACGGAAUCUUAUGAAUCAUUGAAUAGCAACGAUAUUGAGCGUGCUCAAUUGGGUAUCAAUCUGAAUGCAAAUGAUACAAACGUAGAUGACUCCAUCAAUAUACUUUUAGGAGAAUAUGAUAAGAGAGAUUGGGAAAUAAAAGAAGGUAGAUUUGCUGAGAUCGAGUCGCCCGCCGUUAGUAGACCAUUAUCAGUUAUUGAAAGUGAAGAAUUGAAAGCCAAAUCCAAUGAUCCUCUAGUGCAAGAAGAUGUUGAAGGAAAACUUUUUGGUUUUUCACAGCCAUCGCCAACGAUUUUAAAAAGAGUUCCCUUGUUAUUGAAUAACGGUACUGGGAACAUUGCCAUGCUGGGAAAUAGGAGUAGUUCAGGCAGUAGCAUGUCUUCUCGAUUUAGAAUGCCUAGCGAUAAAAUUGAGUCAUUAAAAACAGUGGGCAAACAUUUGAGCUCUUCUACAAACGUUGACAUGAAUAGAGCCUCAUUUCGUGCAUCUAUAACUUUUAGUGAUGAUAGUGAAAACGAUAGUGGCCAUGGUAAGUACCCCGACCCAACAAUUACUCCUUUGCACACACCAAGAGUCACUCAGAGCCAUAAUAGUCAUAUUAAUGUUUCAUCCUCAACAGAUUAUACCCAGCAUGAAAGUAUUUUUGAUACCAUCGGGACAACAGCAGGUCUGGUACCCAACUUUCAAUAUGACAAUAAGCAAAAUGAAACACAUCCAUUACUGUCGCAAAAACAGCAGCAAAGUUUAUAUACAAGGUUAGAAGAACAACAAAUGGAAGAAAUAAUGGAGCAAGCAAUGGAGGAAACAAUGGCCGAUCUCAAUGACGAGACAGGCUUCGUUAAGUCAAUAGCCACUUUCGACGACGAGACAAUGUUGAAAAAUGAUGGUGACCAAAAGCACGAGAGUGUUGCACGUUCAUCCAUGUCAUCAGGUGAACUAUUGCGAAACUUGGAAGGCUCAUAUAAUCAGAGUAGAAGUAGUACUAAUACAGACUCUUUUAACAAGCUGCAACUGAAAAUUCAAGAAGAAGAUGCAAUAGUUGAGGACAAGAGAAAAGAAGGAGAGGAAAUUCCAGUACAUUACUUUGUAUUGCAAUCAAAUAUCUUGCAGCCAGUAUCAGCACCUUCUGGGUUUGAUGAACUAUUCGGGACCAAUAUUAAAACAGAUGGAGUGGGUGUUCAUAUUCCGCGGCACGGCAGUAAUCCAGCAGUCAACAAUAUGACUGCUGGAUUAGACUCAACCAACGAAUUACCAGUAAUGACUUUCAAAGUGCAUAAUAAGGAUUUUGAUGAUUCCAAGAAUCGUUGGUCAGUUUACGAACAUAGAAAUAGUCAAAAUUCAAACAUGUAUGUUGCUGUAGGUGCAAAGUUGAAUCAAACAAGUAGCUAUCAUUCUUUAACUCCUCCAAAUGCUGAAUUGAAACGACCUGAAAGAUCGUAUUCUGGAGGUUUAAACUCUGUUUCCAAUGUCGGUAUUGGUGAUAGCAUAACAUCAAGAGUUUCCAACACCCGUUCUUCAUCCCCUUCUUCCUUCUCAGCAGAAUCAAAUCAAUCACUCAAUCAAAUGGCGAGAAAUUUGGUAAACAGACAUUUCGAUAACACGAUAGGUGAAAGCUUGAUAGAAUAUGAUCAACAACAGUACCAACAGCUGCAGCAAGACCCAAUUUAUCCAGAUGAUGACAACUCUUUGGUGUUAUCCCAACCACAACGUAAUUUACUUUAUAAGAAUAAACAACAGCCAGGGAGUAUGACUGUAUUGGAAAAGCAAUUGUAUACGGUUCCAAUUGAUAAUUCACGAUUACCAUUCAUACCUAAACAGCAACAAACUAACGAAGACGAUGUAUAUCGCAUUGAGUAUUAUCCAAUGAUACAAUUUGCAGGGUUGUUGUGUUUAGCAUUAGUCAUUCCGCCGAUAUUCAUCUUAAUCACAGUAGGUGUAUUUGAUGGGAAUAGCAAGGUGGGAUAUUAUGGAGGCAUGACAUCUUACAAAGAAAAGAGACCUAAUGAUUUGGUAGUCUUGAAGAAAUUUACAAAAGCUCAGAAAGUGCUUAGUUUAAUAGUGGGAAUUAUUUGGAUUACUAUUGUUUUAGCUAUGAUUGGUGUUGGAUUAGGAGUAGGCUUGACUAAAAAGUGA